AUGCCGUCCGACUACCUGAACUUCCCGAAUAAAGUCGUUAUCGCGGGCCGCACCAAGUCCAACCUCGCAUCCACAACCGAGAAAAUCGGUGCAGCGGCCUGCUACGUCCUGGGUACCAGCGCGACCUCGACACUCUCCUCGUUGACCCAGAUGAUCACCACAGAACACCCCGAAGCCGACUGCCUGGUCAACAACGCGGGCGUACAGCGGCCGCUGCAGGUGCUCACACACGACGCAGCCGACUUUGUUGAGCCGCACCGUGCCGUCAUCAACGUGUCGAGCGUGCUUGGCUUCGUUCCAAUCAGCAUCAUCAACCCACCAUCGAUAAACUUGCGCACACAAUUGAGGGACGGGAAGAUCAAGGUCGUCGGGAUUGCGCCGCCAAAGGUUGCGACGGCCCUGCACCGUGAGCGAGACGAUCCGGAUGAUACCAAGAAGAACAAGGAUCCAAAUGCGCUGAGCGUCGAGCAGUCCAUGGAAGAAGUCGCCUGGAAGCCGGAGAGGGGGACGAGACGAUCGGGCUGGGAUAGGAGUUGA